CUGCUACAGCAAAGAAGGAUCAAGGAAAUGCCCAUCCUUCAAGCUGCAAAAGAGAAUAAUGUGGAGCUUCUGAGAGAGAUCUUAUCGUCAGACAAAUGUGACCCCUUCCAGAGAGGUGCUUUAGGAGAAACGGCCCUGCACAUGGCAGCUCUGUAUGACAACCUGGAAGCGGCAGAAAUUCUCCUAACCGAGGCUCCUUACCUGCUCAACCUGCCCAUGACCUCUGAGAUCUACCAAGGGCAGACGGCUCUUCACAUCGCCACUGUCAACCAAAACAUGAAUUUCGUCAAGAUACUCAUACAAAGAGGAGCUGAUGUCUCUUCUCCAAGAGCCACCGGCAGUUUCUUCACUCAAAAACCGAAAGGCCUCUUCUACUUUGGGGAACAUAUUUUAAGCUUUGCUGCUUGUGUUGGAAACACAGAAAUUGUCAAGUUGCUUGUAGAGAACGGAGCGAAUCUACAUGCUCAGGACUGCUGGGGAAACACUGCCCUUCAUGUUCUGACUCUCCAGCCCAAGUCUAUGUCCUGCCAGAUGUAUGACCUCCUUCUCUUUCUAGACUCUAAAACAAGAGGCUCUCGUUUGGACCAAGUCAUUAAUAAUCAGGGUCUGACUGCGCUCAAGAUGGCUGCAGUUGAAGGAAAUGCUGUCAUGUUCCAGCACAUCCUCAACAAGGGAGUCCGAACAGUACAGUCAAUGGGUCCAAUAACUUACACCUUGUACGAUCUGACUGAGAUUGACUCCUGGGGGACUACAUGUUCUGUUCUCCAUCUUAUUGUCACCUCUACUAAGCCUGAGGCACACCGGAUUCUGGACAUCUCUCCGGUGAAGGAGCUUAUUGAUGAGAAGUGGCAGCGGUAUGGACGGCCAUAUUUCUGGCUUCUGGCCAUAAUUUAUGUCCUAUAUAUGACUUGUGUUUCUCUGUGCUGUGCUAAUCGUCCUCUCAAGCCUCUACAAAACUAUUCAUUAGAUCCCCGGGAUAUUACCAUUUUUGAACAAAUGAGCCUUCAGGAAUCUUACAACACACCAAUGGAUGAGCUAAGAUUAGUCGGUGAAAUUAUCUCAGUCAUUGGGGCGCUGGUGAUGUUACUACUAGAGAUCCCUGUGUUACUGAAACCACGACGUAUCUCCUUACUCCAGGACAAAGUUACAGGGGGACUAUUUCAUUUAAUUCUAGUUUUCUUCUGCUGCUCAGUACUUCUUACGCUGGCCCUGAGACUCACAAACUGUGAAGGAGAAGUCAUCCCAAUGUCCCUGGCUUUGGCAUUUGGCUGGUGCUAUACUAUGUAUUUUGCUCGCGGAUUUCAGAUGCUUGGACCUUUCACUGUCAUGAUCCACAAGAUUAUAUUUGGAGAUCUCCUGAGGUUUAUCUGGCUUAUGAUGGUUGUCAUUGUAGGAUUCGGCACAGCUUUCUAUAUAAUAUUCCAGACCGAAGACUCAAAGCAGAUGGGAAUAUUUAGCAGUUAUGCCAUGUCUCUUUUAAGCACCUAUCAGCUUUUCGUCAAUGUCAUCAACUCCCCGGCCAACUACAGUGUCGACCUCCCACUUAUUUUUAGCAUUGUCUAUUUCUUCUUCUCUUUAAUUUCCAACCUAUUAAUGCUGAAUAUAUUAAUUGCUACAAUGGCAGACACGCACUGGAGGGUGGCACAGGAGAGAGACGAACUCUGGAGGACUCAGCUGGCAGCAACCACAGUAAUGCUAGAAAGUAAGCUACCUCAGUGCUUCUGGCCUCGCCUUGGCAUAUGUGGAUCUGAAUAUGGACUUGGAAACCGGUGGUAUUUAUGUAUUAAGAAUGAAAACCAAGAAGAAGAAGGUGUAAUGACCACAUCUCUACAGAACUGUACAACCCAGACUGCUGAGAGCACACGGAAGAAUUCCACGGUUUCAUCCAACAGUUGUAGCACAGGAAAUAUAAACACCAUAUCCAAGAAAAAAUCCAGCCAUGGGUGGGAGAUCCUCCGCAUGGCAACAAUUGAGCAGCUACAGGGCAAUGCAGAGCAGGAGGUGUAUUUUAUUUAG